AUGGCAACGGCAGUGGCAGAAGUUUUCGUCGAGUUGGUCGCACUCAUCAGUGAAGCAGACCUUGAAGCUGCGGCAUCAACCGCUUUAGUAGAUGAUGCGGGCGAAGAACUCAUUGCUGGAGGCGCUGGACUUUUGACUGGUACGACCGCAGAAGGAGAAAUCAUCUUGGAACCCAUUUUCGAAGAGGCCGGGAGCGCAGCUACUACAACAGAUCUAGUGGGCUCCGCCGACCUAGCGAAUUUGAGCAAAGGACAACUCCACGCGCUCUGGCAAGACGCAAAGACCUUCGCGCGCUGGACUGGUCGCGAGAUUAUGAAAGGAGCAUUGUUCCAGGUUGGACUCGAGGCCGUGGUGGCUCUAAUAGCGAAGAACCCAUCUCCCGGGCCAGAUACUUCUGACCUCGUACAAGCUAUUGGCGCAGUGGGAGCCUCCUUGAAGAUACUUAAAGAAGUCUCAACCGAGUGGCGAAGAUGGUGCAUCAAGAACUUCUCGAAACGCGAGGAAUUCGGCCAGGUCAGGGCUGAGGAUAACCUCAUUCUGCGAUUCGAAAUCUUCCGUAACAAGUUGGGUGAUGUGAGCUCCUACAUGCAGAAGACUUUGGCUCCCCUCCUCGCUCAGGUCAACAAGAACACCGACAGUGCCAAUAUUGGUGGGCUAAAGGGCGCAAUGAGAACGUAUGCGGACAUGAUCUUGGCGGUUAGCAAGGGUAUCAAAGAGAAGGAGGCAUUGAUGAUGCAUGCUGGACUGAAAGAUCAUCAUGAUGAGCUUCAAAAAGCUCGUGAUGUCUUGAAUUGA